CCCUUGACACCUCAUAGCAAGACAUCACCUCCACAUCUCAUUGUUCCCUUACCUGCGUACUCCCUUUCCUGGUCAAGUGAUUCGCCGACUUAACGAUCGUACCCACUCCACCACCCCAAAGUAAUCUCAAGAUUUAAAGAUGAUCAUCCGAACUUUACCCCGUCUUACCAGACAUCUUUUCAUUCAAAGACGUCUAGCAUCUUCUUUAGUUUUAUUAGAACAUAAAGGUGGGAAAUUGAACGAAUCAAGUUUAACAGCUAUCACCGCUGCUAAAGUUUUGAAUGGGGAUACAGCUGGUAUAGUAGUUGGUUCUUCUUCAGAUGUGGAAGCUGUCACUGGUCAAGCCAAAACGAUUGAAGGAUUAUCAAAGAUUUACACUGCAUCUUCUGACGCUUAUUCCAAUUCACUUGCUGAAAAUGUCGCCCCACUUUUAGCCGCCGUGUUACCCGCUAAGAACAUUACCCACCUCUUUGCAGCUCAUACGGCAGUGGGGAAGAAUGUGUUCCCUCGUCUGGCCGGAUUACUCGAUACAUCCAUGAUCGCCGACAUAAUCGCACUUGAACCCUCUGGUGAUACCUUCACACGUCCAAUCUACGCCGGUAAUGCCAUACUCAAAGUCAAAUCUUCUCCAAAGGACAAGAUCAAGAUUGUGACUGUCCGUACGACCGCUUUCGACAAAGCUUCUAUAGGAAAUGGGUCAGCGACUGUUGAGUCGGUUGACACUGUAUCUUCGGACUCCACGACCAAGUUCAUCUCUGAAGAACUCACUCAGUCUUCUCGUCCCGAUCUCUCCUCCGCCAGCAGAGUGGUUUCAGGAGGACGAGCACUCAAAAGUCAAGAAAGCUUUACUCAGAUUAUCGAACCCCUCGCGGACGCCUUAGGAGCGGCUGUGGGAGCUAGUAGAGCUGCGGUAGAUUCUGGAUAUGCGGACAACUCAUUGCAAGUAGGACAGACCGGAAAGGUCGUCGCUCCCGAACUCUACGUUGCGGUCGGUAUUUCCGGAGCUAUCCAACAUUUAGCAGGGAUGAAAGAAUCCAAACUCAUCGUGGCAAUCAACAAAGAUCCGGACGCUCCUAUUUUCCAAGUGGCCGAUGCUGGUCUAGUGGCGGAUCUGUUCGAGGCCGUCCCGCAGUUGACCAAAAAGGUGCAAGAGAAUAAGGCUUAGUGGUUUGUGAUUGGCAUAACUUAAGCUGUUUGAUCGUAUCUUGGACGUCUCAAUAUGCAUAGUUAGGAGAAAUGUAUGACUCAUUAUGCAUGAAAUGACUCCUC